AUGAGCGUGUGUACCACAGAGAAGGACGGGUAUUGGGGUAGAGGCAUAUAUUCGACGGCCGCCUCGAACAAGGCGGACUACUUUGCGAAAAAUAUUAACAACCAGUCCAACGACAAAGUCGUUUUACUGAGCCGGGUCGUAGUCGGCAAGAGGGCUGCUCUGCGAUCAAAGGACACCAGUCUGCGGCGACCACCUCUCGGGUAUGAUUCGAUUGACGCUCUCACUUCGCUGCAAGGCGGCGCAGUGAAGUACUCUGAGGUUGUCGUAUACCGCGACGACGCGCUGAUUCCAUGGGUAAUGAUUGUUUACAAUUUGUGA